UUGUUAACAGUCAAAGAAAGUUUUGACAGAAGGUUCUCAAACCUUAAAGAAGGCAAAGCAUACAAACUUGUUAUACCUUAUGAACCAAAGAAGACAGACGACUAUGAAUAUUAUGAGUCUAAAGUUGUAGAAGUUCAAGGUAAAUUGGGUAAAAAGAUUUUAGAGUCUAAGCCAGUGUUUACUCCUAAAGAGGAAGAGAACAUUGACAUUGACCCAGAAAUGUUCUAA